UCAAUCAUAGGCGUAAAAAUAUUGGACAAUAUUUAUAUUUAUCAGUCUCAGGAUAUCAGAUAACAUUAAUAAAGAAUGUAGCAAGCCAUGUUCCUAAAGUUUGAUUCUAUUAAAUAUUUAUUUAUUUAGGCAACCUACACGAAACACACAUCAUGGAUGAUUUGGAGAAGCGCAUUGUUUCGAAACUUUUCCAUUCGGCGUGGUUCAAGUUACAAAUCCUCAAUGCUGUCCCCUCUAGCACGGACCAGUUGCUUGAUGGAACGGGAAGCUACUCGAUAGGCCAGCUGCUAGAGCAAAAAAUAGCCUAUCUAGAGGCGAUAAAUUGCUGUCUGUUGAGCCAUGACGAUGAAUCGUUGCCUGCUUCUAGCAGUGAGCUGAUGCAAACUAGUGCCGAAUCCGGGGAUUCACUCGACACAUUUGAUUUGAAAAGAUAUGAACGCUGUUGCAAGGAGGAACGUUUCCUGAGGCGCCAAUGGUAUACUUUGUUUAGACUGCACGAUUUGACUAAUCAGGACCAUGCGGAAGAGUACAGUCUAGAAGUAGCUAGAAAUAUUCUCGUCGAGCGUUGGGAAUUCUCCAGAAUGGAACAAUUAUUGUUCCAACUACAAGAUCGUUACGAUACAUUGGAAAAAGAUACCCGCAACGCUGAACGCUACAUAAGAUUAAAUCUGAAGGCAUGCAGACUAAUUGAACAAUUCUACGCCUGGCAGCUGGACAAGGUGGAAAUGGAUAUAGAUCAAUGGAUGGAACGGUUCGAACGGGAGAAGGACGAUUUGGAUGGCCGCUUCCAGAGGGCCAGAGCCAAGAGGAAACUGUGGGAUACUCUGAAGGAGGAGGUUCAGCACCGUGAAGGGGAAGUUGAACGUUUGCAACUGCUGGAAAAUGCGCAUAAUAAGCGAAUCGAUUACAAGAAGCUAUGUUGGGACAGUGCAAUAAAAAUUCAGGCGUGGUGGCGCGGGGUAAUCGUUAGGAAAGGUAUCAAACUUGGCCGUCGUCGUGGAAAACCUCGUAGGAAAGCGAAGAGCAAGGGGAAGAAAAGCAAUAGUAAGAAAGGCAACAAAUCAACGGCAUCGAGAAAAUUGAAAAAAUAAAAAAUAAAUCACUGUCAAGUUUACUUCUUGAU